AUGGCCGAAGUAACAUAUAUCGAGGAAGUGUACGUCAUCUCGGAGAAGUUGGAUGCACUUCUUCAGGUCCUAUUUUUGAAUCCCGCCAAUUACAGCGUCAAGGUGAAAACUGCAUCCUCUCCCACGUUCGAGCACGCUGACAAUAAGAAGCGGCAAGAUGACGUCUAUGAAAUCACGGCUCCACGAGAGCUCACAGCGGAUGAGAUUAAAUCUGUCUCACAUCCAAAGCCUUAG